AUGAUCUACCGAAGUAGACCAUUAAACAAUGGUAAUAGAGAUAACGAUAUCGAUAACGAUAAUGAUCAACAUAGAAAGGCGAAUUUGGGGUCAACCUUAGAUACACUUAAAGACUUAGUUCCAGAUAUACUUCAACGAUCACUUCCCAAGGAGCUUUUAGCCAAUGACGUUGUUCUCCGGGUCUUACCCACCCACUUCUCUGAAGUGAACUCUUAUUUGCCACCAUUGAAGGGUCAUGUAUCUUAUUAUGCCACGGCCAAAGCCAUACAACUCUACAUCAACUCCUUGGUUGGGAACCCCCACGUGAAGGUGCACAUCUUGUCCGUGAGAACCACCAACUCAUCGGAUGUCCAAUGUUUGUUUCCUCAUUCAAACAAGAUCAUCAUGAGAUGGAUCACUUGUAACAGUCAGUGUGAUCAUUUGGAUCCCGAUCCAACUGCAAGUAGACGGAGAUCCUUCUCCACAACCAGAUCAUACAAAUUCAACCCUUCAAAUGUUGCGGACUUCAUCCUGGAGAACAGCAACACGCCUCCAAAGAAACUCAAUCUACAAAGUAUCUCGUCAACACUUGCCAAUGUGACUCAGGGUCUCUUGAACGGCUUGUCGGCUCCGGGAAGCUCCGAUAAAGUGGAGACUGUUUUAUCGGGGAUCUUUGUCUUUGAGUUGAACAAUGAUAAUACUCAAGUGCUUGUGCACACUAUAGAGGAUGUUGAUGUCAUUGAACGUUACGAUGAAAUACAAGACCCUAUUGGAGGCCCGUUGGCGUGUUGA